AUGUUUGUUUACAUUAAACAUGGAGAUAAUGAGCAGUUCUUUGUCAACACCAACUGCCCAGUUGUUUACCUAAUGGAGUAUAUAAGAACCAGACUGGGACUAGCUGAAUCAGAUCUUAUAGAUCUGUAUGAUGAACGAGGGGUCAUGAAAUUACUCUUCCUGCCCCAGCAUUCACAUGAGUGUGCUAGAGGACUGUUAGUGUCUAGAGAGUCGUUCACUGUUUGCAGUAUUAACCGUACUUCUGAUGGGGCUUAUACCUGCGUCACACCACUACUGUCCAGUGUUGACUCUGCUCUAUUAGAGACACUGCAUUCUCAGAUGGACACUCUUGAGAGAACUCGCCUCCAGCAGCUUUGUAUUGUGGAGGCUCGUAGGGCUGAUUCAGAUGAAAAAAUGUCACAAGCCCCACCAACUAAAACUACUAAAAAGCAAAGGAAGGCUUCACAGGUAAAUGGCCCUGAUAAAGAAGUCCAGUGCCACACUAGGGACCGGAAAACAAGGAGCUGAGCAAACCACCAGCAUUUAGGACACGUGCUCAUUUUAUAAUGUUGAAUCUCAGUUUAAUUGGUUCAAAUUACAAAUAGAAAACAUUCAUCAGUGUUACGGUAUUAUUAUUAUUAUUUUUUUUAUCACAACAGACCUACAUAUAUGAAUUAUAUAUCUUUUCAUUGGGUCAUUUAGGAAAGCUACUAUAUUGAUUUU